AUGCGAUUCGCCGUCCUAUCAACCCUCUCCCUCAUCACCGGCCACCUCACCGCAGGCGCCGCCGUCCCGGAGACGGAGAAGCGCGACAUCGUGCUCGAGACGAUCAUCCACGGUGACACUCAGGAGAUUUUUGAUCAUGCUCCUGACAGCGUGGUGUUGCAGAAGGGAGACGAUGAUAUCAAGCCUAAAUGUCAGGAUUACGGCCACUCGUGCACAUAUGGCCAAUGCUGCGAUCCUUACCACUGCGUCACCAUCAUUUUCGGUGCUGGCGGAUGGUGCUGGUAG